AUGUGGAAGUGUGUAGUUUUAUUAUGUUUCAUUUCGGUGAUUACGGGAGCGCAAGCCCGCGAGGCGAGGCUAGUAAAUAUAGCCCAGGGGCCGGUGCGAGGGUAUAAGGAACAAAAUGAUACUUUGUUUGCCUUUUAUGGCAUACCGUACGCAACUGCACCUACGGGGGAUGACAAAUUUAAGGCACCGCUUCCUCCGCCGCAUUGGACGGAACCAUUCGAGGCCAUCAAUAAAGAUGUAAUUUGUCCACAAUUGGUAUUUAUGUCUUUGGGAUUAGAACUUAAACAACAGGAAGACUGUCUAAUCGCCAAUAUAUAUGUGCCUGAUACGGAUGAAAAGGAUUUACCAGUGGUUAUGCAUGUUCACGGAGGGGCAUAUCAACUGGGAUAUGGCGAAUUAAUGACUGCAAAACAAUUCAUUAAAGAAAAUAAUAUGAUUGUAGUUAACUUUAAUUACCGUCUCGGUGCACAUGGUUUUCUAUGCCUAGGCACAGAAGAUGUACCCGGUAAUGCUGGCAUGAAAGACCAAGUCGCAUUGUUUCGCUGGGUGAAAGAAAAUAUUGCCAGUUUUGGCGGAAAUCCUGAUGAUAUUACAAUUAAUGGAUUUAGUGCAGGUUCAUCUUCGGUUGAUCUUCAUCUUGUUUCGCCGAUGACCAAAGGUCUUUUCAAUAAGGUUAUACCCGAAAGUGGAGCAAGUCUCUCUGUCUUUAGUGUUCAAACGGACCCAGUGGAAAAUGCUUGGAAAUAUGCGAAGAUGCUUAAUUUUACUAAUAAGAACAAAGAUGUGUAUGAUUUAGAAAAUUUUUAUAAAUCAGCUUCAUAUGAUACAUUAAAUUCCAUUGAUCAAAUCUUAAACGAGCCUGAUUCUACGUUUCUCUUUGUACCUUGUGUUGAACGAGAACUUGGCAGGGAAAGGUUUCUCGAUGAUGCUCCAAUUAAUGUUUUGAAAAGUGGCCGCAAUCAUAAAGUUCCAGUGUUAUUUGGAUUUGCUGAAAUGGAAGGACUGUUUAGAAUGCCGCUUUUUGAUACGUGGUAUAGUAAAAUGAAUGAAAAAUUCUCCGAUUUCUUACCUGGUGACCUUAAAUUUUCAAAUUCAGAAGAAAAAGAAGAAGUAGCGAAGAGAGUCAAAGAGUUUUAUUUUGGUAAAAAACCGGUUAGCAAGGAAACUGUAUUUAGAUAUAUCGAUUAUUUUACUGAUGUUAUAUUUGCGUAUGGCACACUAAAGUCUGUUCAGUUGCAAGUGGAAUCCGGAAACAGCGAUAUAUAUUUAUAUGAAUAUUCCUUUGUGGAUGAUAACGUUCCGUUAGUGCCCUACACAAAUGUGCGUGGUGCUAACCACUGUGCUCAAUCAAUGGCUGUGGGAGAUGGACAUUUCCUAAAUACGCAAUUUGAAACAAGAGAUUUUAUAAACAUGAAGCAGUUGAUGAGAAAAUUAUGGUACAACUUUAUUACAACAGGAAAACCGGUUCCAGAGGGUUCAGACAUUCCAUUGUGGCCGCCAACUGACGCAAACGGUGGUCCUCAUAUGUCUCUCGAUAAGACAAUGAAACUGCGCGGACCUCUGAUACAGCAACGCUUUCUUUUUUGGGAUGCUAUUUAUGAGGAAUAUUAUGCAAUGCCAACCGCACCCCCUCCUCCAACACCAAGAAACAAAACUGAACUAUAA